GGCUAUCGCUUUGCAUCUUCGAGCUCGCGUCCCGCUUUUGUUUUCUUCCGGCAUCUCCCCAUCCGUGUGACCGUGUCACGCUCGCGGCGGUCGGCGGCGCGCGCGCGAGAGAGAGCGAAGCGGGUGCAAAGCAAGCAGCCAGCAACCGGAGGAUGGCCGCCGCCGACUUCACGCUGAACACCGGCGCCCGCGUCCCCUCCGUGGGCCUCGGCACCUACAAGGCCGCUCCGGGGGUCGUCACCGACGUGAUCGGCGCCGCCGUCAAGGCAGGGUACCGGCACAUCGACUGCGCGCCGAUGUACAAGAACGAGAAGGAGAUUGGUGUUGCUCUGAAGAAGGUCUUGGCCGAUGGCGUGGUCAGGCGAGAAGACCUUUUCAUCACCUCCAAGAUAUGGUGUAGUGAUCUCGCGCCUGAAGACGUUGCACCUGCAAUCGACAGCACGCUGGACGACCUGCAGUUGGAUUAUGUGGAUCUGUAUCUGAUCCACUGGCCAUUCCAGGUCAAGAAAGGCACCGAGAUCAGCCCCGAGAACUUUGUCCAGCCUGACAUACCCAAGACCUGGCAGGCAAUGGAGCAGCUGUACGAUUCAGGCAAAGCUCGCGCGAUCGGCGUCAGCAAUUUCUCAUCCAAGAAGCUGGGUGAUCUGCUUGGCGUCGCCCGUGUCCCUCCGGCCGUCGAUCAGGUCGAGUGCCACCUCGGCUGGCAGCAGGCGAAACUGAGAGCGUUUUGCCGCUCCAGUGGAGUUCAUCUGUCAGCGUACGCACCUUUGGGCAGGAUGAAAGACGUCGCGAGUAAUCCGGUGGUGUUGUCGAUAGCCGAGAGUUUGGGGAAAACUCCAGCGCAGAUUGCUCUGCGCUGGGGUCUUCAGCAGGGUCAGAGUGUGCUUCCCAAGAGUGCCAACGCAUCGAGGUUGAAGGAGAACAUUGAUCUGUUUGACUGGUCUAUUCCUGAAGAACUGUGCGCCAAGCUUUCUGAAAUCAAACAGGCUAAGCAAAUCAAAGGAGAUUCAUUUGUGCACCCGAAGAGCGUUUACAAAACCUACGAAGAGCUCUUCGAUGGAGAAAUCUGAAAGAAGACAGCACUGAUGUCAAACUGAUGGAGAAAUCUAACAAAUGAUGAGCAAUUAUCGAAGGCUAAUAAAAAGUGGAAAGUUGGAUAAACAAUGCUUGUAAGAAGAGGCUGCCGUAUCUCCCUCCAUCAUUAGUUAGCUGCAACCGACAGCGUAGCAAAUACACUGCAAUAUGAUAUGAGGCAGUUCAUAACUUCA